CAGUUGAGCUGACAUUCAAAAACUACUGCCUAUCGAAAAACUGGGAUACCAUUGUCACAAGAUUUCUUAGAUUUCACUCAAUUUUUAGUUCAAAUAGAUUCUUAAUGGCUCAAAAUAUAAACCCUCUUUAUUCUUUUCAAACUACACCAACUAAAAACACAGAAGAACGCCCGGGCAGACCCCAAGAUAACCACGCAGUAACGAAAAGGUUGCAGAAAGAGCUCAUGACCUUGAUGAUGUGUACUGACAAGUCCGUGUCUGCAUUUCCUGAUGGUGAGAACCUUUUCAAGUGGGUAGCAACUAUCACCGGCCCAAUAGAAACAGUGUACGAAGGUCUCACCUACAAGCUGUGCAUGGAGUUCCCCAACAGCUAUCCCUACACAGCCCCCGUGGUGAGGUUCACGACUCCCUGCUUCCACCCUAACGUGGACACCUCGGGCAACAUCUGUCUGGACAUACUCAAGGAGAAGUGGUCGGCUCUGUACGACGUACGCACCAUCCUGCUGUCCAUCCAGAGUCUCCUGGGAGAGCCCAACAAUGACAGUCCGUUGAACCCCCAAGCUGCUGAGUUGUGGUCCAGACAAACGGAAUACAAGAAACACCUACAUAGUAGUUUUAAAGAGGCUGUCCCAGACUCUCUUUAGAAAAAUCCAAAACCCCCUCCAAGAUCUCUGUAGAAGAUAUUUCCAUUCUAGAUUCAUGAAACUCACUGUACAAAGUCCUUACGUGUUAAGAUCAAAUUUUAAUGAUAAAAAAUGACUUGAAAUUAACUGCAAUAUUUUGAUUUCUGUUGCUUUGAUAUUUAUUUAAUUUUAUUAUAUUUUGUAUCGCUUUUUGAUCAUAUUAUGUAUCUAUUUGUUAUUUAUUUAAACCUUGAUAUAAUAAAUUCAAACUU